AUGGUUAAAUACACUGUAGCAAUAGUUACCUACACUGUAGCUGUGGUUACUGACAUUGUAGCAAUAGUUACCUACACUGUAGCUGUGGUUACUGACAUUGUAGCAAUAGUUACCUAUACUGUAGCUAUGGUUACCUACACUGUUGCAACAGUUACCUAUACUAUGGUUAUGGUUACAUUGCACAAUAUCAAGUCAACAAGGACCGGAAAGGAAGGCCAACCCAGAGAAUACUACACGUUGGAUUCUAUCUUAUUUCUUCUUAAUAAUGUACACCUUUCCCAUCCUGUUUAUGUCCGGCGUGCAGCUACUGAAAAUAUUCCUGUGGUUAGAAGACCUGACCGAAAAGAUCUACUUGGAUAUCUCAAUGGGGAGGCAUCAACAUCAGCAAGCAUAGACAGGAGUGCCCCCCUGGAAAUAGGUCUUCAGAGGUCUACUCAAGUCAAAAGAGCUGCUGAUGAAGUUUUAGCAGAAGCAAAGAAACCACGAAUUGAGGAUGAAGAGUGUGUGCGCCUUGAUAAAGAGAGAUUGGCAGCUCGUUUGGAAGGCCAUAAAGAAGGGAUUGUGCAGACCGAACAGAUUAGGUCUUUGUCUGAAGCCAUGUCAGUGGAGAAAAUUGCUGCAAUCAAAGCCAAAAUUAUGGCUAAGAAACGAUCUACUAUCAAGACUGAUCUAGAUGAUGACAUAACUGCCCUUAAACAGAGAAGUUUUGUGGAUGCUGAGGUAGAUGUGACAAGAGAUAUUGUCAGCAGAGAGAGAGUGUGGAGGACAAGAACAACUAUUUUACAGAGCACAGGAAAGAAUUUUUCAAAGAAUAUUUUUGCAAUUCUUCAAUCUGUAAAAGCCAGAGAAGAAGGGCGUGCCCCUGAACAACGACCCGCUCCAAACGCAGCCCCAGUGGAUCCUACAUUGCGUACAAAACAGCCUAUUCCAGCUGCUUACAACAGAUAUGACCAAGAAAGAUUCAAAGGCAAAGAAGAAACGGAAGGCUUUAAGAUUGAUACUAUGGGCACCUACCAUGGCAUGACACUGAAAUCUGUAACGGAAGGUGCAUCUGCCCGUAAGACUCAAACUCCUGCAGCCCAGCCUGUACCUAGACCAGUGUCUCAAGCAAGACCUCCCCCAAAUCAGAAGAAAGGGUCACGAACACCCAUUAUUAUUAUUCCUGCAGCUACUACUUCUUUAAUAACCAUGCUUAAUGCAAAAGACCUUCUACAGGAUCUAAAAUUUGUUCCAUCAGAUGAGAAGAAGAAACAGGGUUGUCAACGAGAAAAUGAAACACUAAUACAGAGAAGAAAAGACCAGAUGCAACCGGGGGGCACAGCAAUUAGUGUCACAGUACCUUACAGAGUAGUAGACCAGCCCCUGAAACUUAUGCCUCAAGACUGGGAUCGGGUUGUAGCUGUUUUUGUACAAGGUCCUGCUUGGCAGUUCAAAGGUUGGCCAUGGCUUCUCCCUGAUGGAUCACCAGUUGACAUAUUUGCAAAAAUUAAAGCCUUCCAUCUCAAGUAUGAUGAAGUUCGCCUAGAUCCAAAUGUUCAAAAAUGGGAUGUAACAGUAUUAGAACUCAGCUAUCAUAAACGUCAUUUGGAUAGACCAGUUUUCUUACGUUUCUGGGAAACAUUGGAUAGAUACAUGGUAAAGCAUAAAUCCCACUUGAGAUUCUGAAUCAUUUAAUUCCUCCUGUUCUGAAAACUUGGAUUAAGAAGCAUGGAUAUAGCUUGAUCUACAGACUGAAACCAAGCUUUAUGAAUUCCUCAAGAACUUGUAAAUGAAGGACACAGAGUAGUCUUCUAUAAGGCCUUGUUUGAUGCUGUGUGCUUCAAAGAGGCAAUGCCUCCCAUCCAUACAAGCAAACUUUUUUGGCUUACAACUAUUUUUUUAAUAUUAGCCUUCUAGUCUGUAAUGGAAAUUGUAUAUUUUGAUAGAAGUUUUUUCUCUAUUGGUUAAAUUAGCAUUACUUAAAAUUUGUUUCUUUAGAAAUAAAUACAGGUUAUAAAUGUGUGUAUAUUUAGGAGUUAUUAGGCUCUUCAAGCCAUCUUGCUUCUGAUUUUUCAUUGCUCUAUGGUUCCUUUUACUGGAAAAUACUGUCAUGAUGGUAAUAAAUUUUAGCUAUAGAACUUUAAAACCCUAUUGAAGGGAAGUAAUUAUUAAAUCAGUUGAAAGUCAGCCUGUGUGUAUACUAUGUCUAUACUAACUCAUGUUUAAAAAGGAAUAAUGAAAAAUCAAGAACAAGUCUUCAGUUUCAGUUGAACUGUUCAGCCUUUCCAAGAUUUCUUUUGUAAAUGAAUACAUUUAAUGAAUGUACAUUCUCUUUGUUGACUUUAAUGAUUUUAAACUUAAAGUGAUAUAUUUCUAUCUGGGAUAUGUUUCCACUUGAAACAAAAUCUAAAAAAAAAAAAGAUUAAAGUGAAAUAGACUGUAGUGAUUUUUACUCGAGAAGCUAAAGUAUGAUUUGGGGAAUGAGUAUGUGUCAGCGUAGUUACAGUGUAACUUGAACCUCUUCUAAGUCUGACUUUGAUUCUUAUUUUAUAUGCGAUAAGAUUUUGAGUCUUCUAUUUGUACACAUGUUAACUUGGGACUUCUUAUCUUCCAUUAUCCCUAAAUAUUGAUAAAUUCCCAGGCACCAAAGAACACAUUUGCUUACGUGUCUGAACAGAAACAAGAUAAAAACACUGGUAUUUUUAUGUGUGUGUGUUCAAUGUGGUAUAAAAUAUAAAACCUAUAUUUUAACUUAGUAAAAUAUUUUACUAUUCCUGUUCUUUAGACAGAAUGUUGCAUCAAAGCUGCAAUGAAUGACCAUGUUCCUUGAGUCCCGGUUUUGUCUUUUACUACUUAAGGAAUGUUCAUUCCUUGAAACUGGUUUUGUCAUUGGAGCUGUUGUUGACCAUCCACCUUGUGUCUUGUUUUCCUCAGUGACUAUCUCUUAGGUUAUCAAAUUGGGGGAGCACAGUAAAACGUUUAGUUCUUGCUUUUAUUCAGGUGAAUUUAUUUACUUAGUAAUUUUAUUUACUUAGUAAAUAAGCAAAUUUAUUUACAUAGCCUCUUUAGAACUUAAUGCUAUUGUAAAGAUGAGAAUCAAUUAUUUUAUUAACUUCCAACUAAAGUCCAUUAUCAGUAAAAAUGGAGAAGUAUUUAUUCAGAUGGAAUUCAGGGGGCUCUCCAGAAGAAAAACAGCUAAUGUUUUAAAUGGCUUCAAUACUUUUGUAGUUUUAGUAAGUUCUGUCCACAAUUUCCCCUUCUUGCAUUCUUUUCUUGAUGAUAAAAGAAAAUUCACUUUGUUCACAGAAUUUCUCAGCAUACAAAUAAUUCUUAAAUUAUGUAUUGAAUAAACUUUCUCCAUAAUGAAAUAGUCAACGACUCAAACCUGUAAUAAUUUAAUGUAAGAUUACUUGUUAGGACUACUGCAAAGGACAUCAACUACCACCUUUCCAUAAAGAUGUUUGGCAUUUGUUCUUAAUAACUGAAGUUUAAUUGAUUGCAGAGUGUGGUUGAAAUUAAUACUUUGGAUACGGUUUGUCUGUUUUAUCUUUGUUUUGUGUAUAGGCAAAGGCUUCUGGAUAUCGUCUUUAACAUCAGUAAAGCUAGAACUAUGCUUUAUAACUGUCUUGAAAUCAGAUCCUGUGUACUAGAAUUUCUUGUUUUAUUUUUAAAAUUUAAAUUUUUUUCAAGGUAGCAAGGUAAUGAGUUUCAUGGCAGCAUUCUGAAGGGUCCAUGUCCUCUUACAUUGUUCUUUCCCUAGCCCCAACUCUCUUGCCUCCAUUUCCUUUUUCUUUGCUAUCACAUAUAUCUAUUUCUUUCUCUUUUUCUACCUGACCUUUUCUUAGUAGCUCUUCUUCCUUCUGUAUCAUAGUCUUUGUUUCAUUAGCUAUACAUAGACUUGGACAUAAAUUUAAAAAAUUAGUUUCAACAUUGUGGACCCUUAAGUAGGUUUAUGAAAUUUAUAAUGGAUAGUUAUAAAAACAAAAGGAAAAAGGAAAUGAAAAAAGCAUUCACUAUGCUCUACCAGUCAUUCAUUAUUCUCUUGUGACUCAGUUCUACAGCAGCACCUAACACAGCUUUGCACUUUAGGCAUUCAGUAGUUAGUUAUAUGUGUAAAUGGAUGGUAUAUUUUCAGCAUACGUCCAUUAACACAGUUUUGACUUUAUUUGAUCUUACAAUUUGAGAAUACAGAGUUAUAGGGCAUGAGAAGAAAUAGAUAAUUUAAUGAAGAUGAAGUACACAUUACUAAGUUCAGCUUCCUAUAAGUUAUUGUUAAUGGAGGUACUCCUGCCAGCUUUACCUAAAGGAAGGGUCUCUGUUAUUUAUAAUCUCUUAAGUAACAGUAAGAAAAAUUAUGCAGUUUUUAAACAGAAGCUCACCAUUUGGAGACAUUUAAAAAAUAUUAAUAAUUUUCAAAAGUUUUUUUAGAAAAAAAUGUUUUUGAGAAAGGGGUAAGAUUCACCUAUUUACAUUGUUACUGGAAGUAGUGCCAGAAUUAAGGGUCUUGUUUUCUCCUCUUUUCAUCUAUGUAUGUUUUGUGUGUGCGUGUGUGUGUGUGCGUGUGUGUGUGUGUGUGUGUGUGUGUGUGUGUGUGUGUAGAUUUUGAGGCCACUCUUUGCACUAGACCAUCUCUUACAUUGGUGAUAUUGGCCUAUAUCCCCAAAUGACGAAUUCAAAUCUUAUUUAUUUAAGGAUAUUUUGCUGUUUAAUAUUUAAACAACAUUUAAUAUAUUUCAUUAUUAGUAUUAUAGCUUACGGUUUGUUUCCUGUUCACUUAUUGCUUUACUAAGUAUUUUUUAGCAGAGACAGAAAGGCAACUUAUACAGGAAUAAGUAAUUCAUGGUGACAAAACCUCAAGUUUUUAAGUUCAAGGAACUGUUAUUUUCUUUGCUAUGCAGAGUAGGAUACAAUUUAAUUAUGAAAAGGAAAGGCAUAGUAUGAGUUAGUUUACACAGAGUUUUCACCUAAAGAAGAUUCACUAUCUAAUAAGCAUUGAAGAGAGACUUUUACCUGAAUAAAAAUUUCUGUGACUCUUAACACAAAGUGAUGACAGUGUUCCCUUUUUAGAAAGUGGGCAGGGAUUAUUUAUGACACUGAGCUAUGCAAGGUUUUUUGACAUUUUACAGUAUCUUACAAUAUUAUAAUACUGAAGCUGGUCAAAAUUAGUCGUUUAGUACGUGGCUUUAAAUUAUGUUGCGUUUUGUUUGUUUUAUUGUUAUUUGUUGGCUUGAGAAUAAACUCAGAGCCAUCUGCUUUUUAGGCAACCACUUCGACCACUGACUUACACUCUGAACCAUGAAUUGUGAAAUUAUUUAAAUCAUAGCUAAACUAGAGAAGUUUAUUUUUUGCUUUAGUCCCCUACCCCAGGGAAAGUUCUUAAAGCAUGAAUGUGAAUGCUCACACAUGUAUGUACAUACAAGUCAAAAGAAUUGCCAUUCUGUCGAGUUCAAAUUCACAUAGGAUGUUGAGAAAAAAAAAUAAGAUAAAAUCUGUAGAAAUUUGUUUUUAACUGAAAAGCUGGUGGUGGUUUUUAAAUAAAUGAAAUUUAAAUUAUAUUCACUUUGAAAUCAUUGAACUGAAUGUUCAUUAUCCACUUGUGUUUUAUUUUCACAUGGUGAUUCUCUUUCAUUUUAUAGUAGAAUGGAGAAUUGACUAACCUUGACUUAGAGAAUUUGAUUAGGGAUUUAAAUUAGAUCCUAAAUUUUCUGGUGUAUUCAUGGCCGAGUUUAGAAGUAAGUAUGUGUUGGCUCUAACAUAGUUUCUGCACUAACAUGUUGGCAGAACAACUAGCAAAAAAUUGAAAAUUUAUAAUAGUUGUAUAAAUAAUUCUUUUUAAUAAGUGCACAAUAGGUUAAUUAUGCUUUCAGGUCAUUGAUGUGUUUGAGAUUGUGUAUUAGGAACUGUUCAUAAGAGUAUCUUGGAAGUUAUAAUUUGCCAUAUACUGAAAUGCAGUAAGCACUUUCAUAUGAAUAAAGUUUGUGGACUACAACUAGUUUUGUGCCAAAAUUAAAAAGAUGGGAUUAUAAUAUGUCAAAAUUAAGCAAACAUUCUUUCCAAGUAUUUUGUAUGCUGUUAAAUUUGUUUCUAUUUUAAAUGUAAGUAAAGCUACUUAACCUUUAACUUGGGUUAGACUUCUGAAUAGGUGACAUUAUUUCCUUCCUUGGUAGUAUCCACUGUAACUGCUUGCUUAAUCAUUAACUAGUGAUGUUUGUGAAGCAGAGCAGUUCCUGAGUAGAGCUUACUUUGAAGCCUCUGUUACCUGAUGAAAUGUCCUCAUUCUUGUUUCAUUUUGGGAGCUUUAUUUUACAUACAAACAACAGUUUGCUGUUAAAAAUCUUGGGAAUAUAUCUACCAUCCCCUAAUUUUCCCCAAAAGACUCCAAACAAAACAACAAGAGAGAGGAGAGAAGAGAAAGAGAGAGGGGGGGAGAUGGAGAGAGGGAGAGAGGAGGAGAGAAAGAGGGGAGGUGGGUAUCUGUGUGUUCAUGUACCCAAUGUAUAACCACCAAGAAGGCAGAAGUAUUAUGAGUUUGGGAUGUUGUCUUUAUGUAAAGUGGGAUUUAUCAGGCAUAGUAUUUCUGUUCAGGAAAUAAAGAUGUUUACUUUUUGGAACCAAUGAGUUAAAUCCUGUUAGUCUAUUUUUUCAGUUAAUAAGUUAAAUAAUUUCUAGAAUUCAAGGCAGCAGGUUUUAUAGCCUACUGAAUUUAUAAUUGAAGUAUGUCAAAUUUCUUGUUAUUGUAAUAGUAUUAAAAGUAUAUCCCAGUAUUUUACAUAUAAAUAUCCUGAUUUUAACAUAAAUUUCUAAACCAUAUUCCCAUAUAAUUAAUUAACAUUGUCAUACUGGCAAUGCCAGAAAUAAUAUAUGAAUCUGAUGUGACAGUUUUCUAAUGAAGGAUUUAAUGGGCCGUAUUUAAGUUUAAUUUUUUUUUCAUAAAUGCUCAAUAAAUAUGAACUUCUGUUUCCUUUUCGUCA